CACACGGACACACGCACACUCGCUCAUUCACCUGCUUCCAGUAAAGAUGUUCUGCAGACGGGCAUGGCAGAGAGUCGGGCCGCUGGCACGCCAGGCCUUUGGACCCACAUCCAGGAAUGCAGCUCCAGUGCGACACAUGGCCUUCGGGAUUCCUGGAGGCUCCACCAACAUGACGUACUAUCUCCUGGGUGGAGGAGGUCUCACUGCUGCUAUCGUCUAUGCUUAUAAAUCAGUGAGUGGUGAAGCUGUUGCCCCUGUGGACAAACUGGCAGACAUGGGCUCCCCAGCAAAGGCUGAGGAAGCAGCUCCUGCACCCGAAGCCGCCCCAGUUGAGGAGGCAGCCGCCGAGUCUGUUCCCGCUCCUGCAGAGGUAGAAGCGGAGGCCGCUGCCGAGGUGGUCGUUACUGAGGCUCCAGCGGCGACAGAAGAAGCUGCUCCACCUGCAGAGGCUGUCCCUGAAGCUGCUUCGGAAGUUGCUGCCGAAGCUGAGGUGGUCGCAGCAGUCGAGGCUGUCGAGGCUGCCGCACCAGAAGCUGUCGAGGCUGCCGCACCAGAAGCAGUGGAGGCUGCCGCACCAGAAGCAGUGGAGGCUGCCGCACCAGAAGCAGUGGAGGUGGUCACCACAGAGGUAGCCGAGGCAGAGGCUGCCUCAACAGAAGCGGUCGAAGCACCGGCGGCCGAGGCCCCAGCAGCUGAGGCAGAAGCCCCAGUAACGGAAGCCCCUGCAGAAGAGAGCGCUGGUACGGCUGUUGUAGUUGAAGCCCCACCUGCCGAGGCAGAGACGGCACCUGCAGCCCUAGAGGCUGAGGCAGCCCCUGCUGCAGAGGUGGCUGCUUAAAGCUCUGAUGGCCCAAAAUAGUUCGGCCUGAAAGGAGGGUUAGGUUAGCUGUGCUGUGUCCCACCUCUCUGGGCCCAGGAAAAAACCGACACAUGAACCCCUGUUUCAGUAAAGAGCUAAAAACAUUGUUCAUUUUUCACUUCAGUGAGUGAAUACCAGUUUGGGGUUCAUCAGUCCAGUUUUCACGGGCCUUCCUUCCCAUGACCUCCCCCCAACCUUUCGAGCCAAACCAUAACAUUCUGCAUCAGGCUGCCUAAACAGAUUCAAUUUGGAAAAGUCACUUUCUAUAGGAAUUCACUUCAAAAGAGCAGAGCUGAUCCCCAUUAUGGUUUGGCACAGAUCAUAGUGUGGAAGUAUGUUAUACAAGGGAGUGAACAGAGUCGGUAACGUUCUUUUGUAAAAUGAUCUUUUGAGUGGCCUUAACCGUCUGAAACAGUCCAUUUAAGAAAUAGUUUUGUGUUUCUUUCAGUUUCCUUUGCACUUGACUUUCCUUUGCUCAGCAGCACUUACUUCCAGCUACAGAAUGUCGCAUGAAUCUUUUUACUUGGAUUGGGGUUAGUGUGCAGACAGUAGGGAGAUGGAUCAGGAAGUGGACGUUUCAUUCACAUUUAACUCUUUCACCCUGAAGUCUGACCAAACCAGUUUGUUUCUUCUCUAGGUGGCAGUCUUUCGGGACUUCUAUGAAACCAUUUAUUCUUCAGAGUGAAACAAAGUUAGAUUCUUUCUCUUCAGAAUGUGACUUUUUUUUUUCAAAUACUUUUAUUUCCAAAACUACAUUCUUUGGUUCUGUCUAUAGCUACGCCUUCGUGUAUCUUCUCAGAAAGCCAUUUUCUGUCGGUUAAGUGUUUUUCAAAGACGCUCUUGCUCCAUCUGGUCUCUGUAACUGUGAUACUAAUCUUUCAGGGAACACUAUUGAAUAGAUUCAUUUCUGUGUCUGAGCAGUGAAAAUUGUCAUUAUCAUUAACAAACAUAAGUGUUCAAAGAAUAAAGCAUCACUGGAUGAUACAUAA